UUAAAUAGGUAUGUAGAUAUUGUGUCACCAGAGACAGUUAAAUAAUACAGGCUUUCAUAUAGGUACCUAAUGUUGUAGAUUGAAGAAAAACAUUUUUUUAAAUAGUUAUCAUAGCUCUGAGUGAAUGCAUAAAUGUUGUAUGUGAAACGUAUCUUCUCAUAAAUAUAAGCAGAUAUAAAUAACGGUAUUCCCGAGCGCCAGGAAUACAUUUAAAAAGGUAGUGCUAAUGACCUACCUUUCUAGUCAACUAACCGACCCUCGAAGGCUAAACCACAAGAAUUCGAUCCUACCUGUUACAUCCAAUACAUAUGGAGAAUCGUAUAAUACAUAUGUAAUUGCAAGUCUAUACAAUCCUACCUAUUAUGUCGCUGCAAAAAUGAAACUUAUGACGUUAUGAUGAAGGUCCUAUUUCUAAUUUGAAGAUGAGUAAGAUAGGCGUUCGUGAAAGUAAUCAAAUGGAUAGUUUGAUGACAUCGACCGGUCGUGUUCUUUUUGCUCCACCUGCGCGCGCAGCUUCUCAGUUUGACUCCUAAAUGCCGCGCCGCACGCGCCUCGAACGCGUCCGUUGAAAUCCGCGCGAAAAUGAAAUCGAGCUUCUAAAUUUAAACAUCCAUCCCGAAUUUAAAUUUAUAAUUUAUUGUCAGUGAUUAUUUUAUCUGUUAGUUUUUUAAUUUAAAUUUUAAAAGUAAAGUGUAAAAAUGAAGUUUCUCUUUGGUCAUAAUAUUCCCAGUGUGGUUUUGAUGUCGCUGGUUUUACUGGCUAAUGCUCAGAGAUCUUCAAAUAACGUGCACAGAGACCUGGAUUUCGAAGAGCUAUCGCGUCAGAACAAGAUCACGAAGCAGAUCCUCGAAGCGUUUAUUCAGAAGAAGUUGGGGUUGGCCCGGCACAACGUUAGAGCGCCGUCUAUACGAGAUAUUCUACCGGUGCCAAAGCAGACUGAAGCGAGGCCUAUUAGGGAAUUGGGCCACGAAGGAGAUGUGCUGCAAGACAACCAAGAAUUGCCUGAGGAUGAUAACUUGCAGAGCGUUGAGAGCGAACAGAUUGACUCCAUCUAUCCCGACGAAGAAUGUUCGAGCUGUAACGACGACGAGCUUGGAGUCACGCGGUGGACCAUGCCGCUGCUCAAGACGGGGGAGAAGAGAUACUAUCUAGGAAUAUUUUUCAAGGCGAACUGGUUCAAGGCGCAGCAGUACUGCCGGUUCCACGGCAUGCACCUCGCCUCCAUCGCCUCGCAGCAGGAGAACGACCAGCUCGAGAAAUACGUUAAGGACUCAGGUUACGGCCGCGAGCAUUUCUGGACGUCAGGCACAGACUUGGCCGAAGAGGGCAACUUCUUCUGGAUGGCCAACGGGCGGCCGUUGACCUUCGUCAACUGGAACGCCGGGGAGCCCAACAACUUUCGCUACGAGAACGGAGAGGAAGAGAACUGCUUGGAACUGUGGAACAGAGAUGACAAGGGACUAAAGUGGAAUGACUCGCCGUGCUCGUUUGAAACGUUCUUCAUUUGCGAAGUGCGAUCGGAUUAAAUAAGUGUACACUUUCCAGACAUCGGAACGGCCAAGGUGGAACAAAAAUAGUGGUGACCCGUUUAAGGGUAUAUUCAGUAUUCUGAUUAGAGAAAAGUAGAAGAAAAAAUUUUUGACGCGAAAAACUUUUGACCUGCGUAUGGAGUGUUCAAAAUGAGGGUAGUGUCAAUCACCAGUAUUUUUGUUACACCUUGUAUUUGAACAUGCCUCUGUUAUCAAGACGUUAAAGCACAAGUUGAAGUUUUGAGCACCCUGGUCGCUCCGAUAUAUCUGAUCUGUAAUUUAAAAGGAGGAAAGACGUCCCGUUUCAAAGAGUAUAAGUGUAAUUUAUCCAAAAAACUAAGAAAAGGAAAUCUGUUCAUGACUGAAUAGGUACAUCUGUAAUGAUUUUUAGGGUUCCGUAGACAAAUGGCAAAAACGGAACCCUUAUAGAUUCGUCAUGUCCGUCUGUCUGUCCGAUUCUGUCACAGCCACUUUUUUCCGAAACUAUAAGAGCUAUACUGUUUAAACUUGGUAAGUAGAUGUAUUCUGUGAACCGCAUUAGGAUGUUUACACAAAAAUAGAAAAAAAACAAUAAAUUUUGGGGGUUCCCCAUACUUAGAACUGAAACUCAAAAAAUCUUUUUUCAUCAAACCCAUACGUGUGGGGUAUCUAUGGAUAGGUCUUUAAAAAUGAUAUUGAGGUUUCUAAUAUCAUUUUUUUCUAAGCUGAAUAGUUUGCGCGAGAGACACUUCCAAAGUGAAAAAAAGUGU